CGUCGAGUCCUCUCCACGGGCGAAAGAGAUCGCCGCCGACAAAGCGCCUGCCCAGGAGGAGCCCGCCGAGCUGGAAGCGGCCCCAUCCGAUGCGCCUCAACCUCGUGAGGCCCCGGCUUCCGUGGCUUCCGUAAACAGCAGCGACGAGCAGCCCAUGUAUAUUGCCGUCAUGGGUUCCACCGGAAGUGGCAAGACCACUUUCAUUAACGCCGCAUCCGGCUCUUCUCUCCGCAUAGGCACCGGCCUGGAGAGCUGCACGAACGAGGUCCAGACUUCGAGACCCUUCAAUCUCGACGGGCGCUCCGUCGUCCUGAUUGACACGCCUGGCUUCGACGACACGACCAAGAGCGACACAGACGUCCUGCGUCUCAUCGCCACAUCAUUAGUGAAGAGAUAUGAGCACGGCACGAAGCUCGCGGGGAUCAUCUACCUGCACCGCAUCUCCGAUAUCCGGAUGGGCGGCACGUCCUCGCGCAACUUCCGCAUGUUCCGCGAACUGUGCGGCGAGAAGACGCUCAAGAACGUCGUCGUGCUCACCAACAUGUGGAACGAGGUCUCGCCCGAGGUCGGCGCCGCGCGCGAGCACGAACUCGCGGACAAGGACAAGUUCUUCAAGCCCGUGAUCGACAAGGGCGCGCGCAUGCUCCGCCACACGGACACCAAGGAGUCCGCGCACGCCGUGCUCCGCUACCUCGUCAACAUGCAGCCGGCCACGCUCCAGAUCCAGGACGAGCUCGUGAACCAGCACAAGGAGAUCGGGCAGACCGCGGCCGGGUCCGAGCUCAGCCACGAGCUCAAGGAGCAGGCGGACAAGCACGAGAGGGAGCUACAGGCGCUCCGGGAGGAGAUGUUGGCUGCGCUCCGGGCCAAGGACGACGAGGCUAAGGAGGAGCUCCGCGCGGAGAUGCUGAGGAAGCAGGCCGAGAUCGAGCGCGUGCAGCGCGAGUCGAUGCAUCUCGUCGAGAGCUACCGCACGCAGAAGGAGAAGCUCGACGCGCAGAUCCACGAGAUGGAGGAGAAGCACCGCAAGCAGGAAGAAGCUCGCGCACGGCAGGCGACCGAGGCAGAGAAGAAGCGCCGGGAGGCUGAGGAGGAAGAAAAGCGCAGGCAAAAACAGAAGGAGGAACAAGAGCGCGAGAUCGAACGGGCACGAUUGCAGGCCGAGCAUGAGCGAGCGUUGCGCGACAUGCAGCUCAAGCUCGAGAAGGCGACGAGGCAGGCUGAGGAGGAGAGAAAGGCAAGAGAGGCAAAGGAGACGAGGGAGGCGUACGACCGGGCGCUCGAGGAAGAGCGCAGAAAACAUUCGCUCUCUUUCGACAGCAUUCCCUACAUUCUCGUCUCCGGCUUCUUGGGUUGGCUCAGGCGGUAA